AUGCAGGAUAUUGCUCAAAUUUGGGAGCAAAAUAAUCCGCAUAAGCUGAGAACUGGAUAUAAGGUCUCAGCGCUGAGGCAUCGGAACGUCGCGGUUUUAUUCGAAAUCAAAUUCGGUACUGAAUAUUGGUGGAGGGAAAUGCAAAAACGAAUAAGAAAAGGAAAAUCUGAAAAACAGAAAGAGCUAGACAGAAAAUUAUUCGAAGCCUGUGGAAACGGAUUCCGCGCAAUGGGCCCUCUUGGAAAGCCAAAAUAUCGAGUCGUCCGGCAACUUCUACGAGAAGGCGCGACAAUCGACUUUUUCGCGAAACAAUGCCCGGUCGAUAAUAAUGGAAACAUCGAAGAGCUUGAGCAGCAGAUGGAAAGGUAUCUGACAGACAAGCAGGAAAAGCCACAUGCUCCGCCGGAGUUUCCGGAAGAAGCGUUUACUGAGUUGUGGGAAGAUUACGUUAACUGUAUUGACAUGGUUCAAGAUCGUCUAAGCCAGCAUCCCGAAUGUCACGAUAUCUUUCAACUUUUAGUCAAGCGCUUUGACUACCGCGCUGACACUGUUCCGGAAGUGCGCAAUUGUUCACUGCUCGGCGACGCUAUGAUUUGGCGCAAUUGGCCGGAAAUGCUCUUCCUCCUCAAAAUUCAAAACUUUUGGGCAGCACCAAAAAAAUUUAACUCUUCGAAAACCGCAGAAACAGCAUAUUUAAAGUACUCGUGGGAAUAUGUCGCCACGGAGCCAGACAAGGACGAGGCAGACCGCGACGCAAUAUUAUCAGCAAUCUACGUGUCGAGCGAUAAAUUCAUCAAAACAGCUCAGGAGGACUGGAAGUUGUACAAACAGUGGCUCAAGAAUGAUGGAAACGAAGAGUUCAAAAUUGAUGCUUAUAUGAAGACGACGAUCUUGUCCGUGAUCAACUUUUUCGACAAAAUGUCCUAUCAUCACACCAUGCUCUUUUCAAAGGAGGACUUUGACUGGUUAGCCAAGGAUGACCAAAUCAGCGGGAUGAUGGACAAUCCAGAUACCGACAACUCCGACGAUUCCGAGCCCGAUCAUAAUCAAACUACAUGA